AUGGUGCUGUUGUUGCUGGCUGCGAGACAUGCGCGCUUGAACAGCACACGUCGGACGGAUCAUGGACAGACCGUCAGACAGAAGCAAACUUUGCCUCCCAGCACUUGGCUGACUGAACUUCUGCGUACGCAUGGUCUUUCCUGGGAAAAGUCGGGGCGAAAUUGGACCGACACAAAGCAUCGUCGGGGCAGAGAGAUAGAAUGCACCGUCCUGGCGAACGUGACUGGUGGCCGGGAAUGCGCUGGACAGCUGACCCGUUGGUCCCAGCAAGAGGAAUACCUUUGGCAAUAUUAUUCAAAGGCUCCAGAUUCCUUCAGCCUGAAGUGUUCUCACACAGUUGUUCUUGCCCUGCCUUUAGUCGUGUCUUGUCCGGAAAGGCUUCACAGGCCCUCCUGGUCAGCAACACCUGUUUCCUUGCAAGAUGUUGUUGUAGCUGCUGGCAAGCCGAAAGCCGAAAUCUGUCGUCAGCUUCAAGUGUCAGAAGAUGUUCUUGAUGCUUUUGUUGCUGCUCCCUUUUGCAUGCAAUUGCAUGGGAUCUUUAUGCUGCUGAUGCAGAAGCAGGCAUGGAGCUCCAUCAUGUGUCGGGUUGCUUGGAUGCCGCAUGGCAAAAACAUAUCCAAGUCAGAGCAAGAGAGACACAACGUCUUUUUCCAAAGUGCUGGUAUCCCGUCGGCGGAGUUUGUGCGUGCUUCGCGGUCCCAGCCGUCGCAGGUUUUGCUGCAGCAUGACAUGUCCUUCGGCGCAGGCGCAGUGGGCAGUUCCGAGCAGCCUCGGCUUGAGUUGACAGGCGAGGCUGCCAGCAGGUUGAUGUCCGAUCUGCGGCAAUGGGCCCCAGCAAUACUCGGGCAAACUGACUUAGAGGAUCGAGGCCAAGUGCAACUGUCGCUGGAAGAGCACGUGACGCGGUUGUCACACUUUCUGGCCAGCGAGCAACAAAUCCGAGAUCCAACGUUGUUUGGAGCUGCCCGCCAUACUCAGAUAGAUGUGGACAAAUUGAUUUCUAGCUUUUUUGCUUCCAUGCAUCUAAAGAACAGAAGAAUGCUGCCCGAGACAUUGAGCUUGGCUUUAAGAACAAUGCCAGCCUUCGGUGGUGUCAGUGUCAACGAGGCCUUGGUGAAGAUCCCCAGUGGUGCCAGCCUUCAGCGCGCCCAGCUCCUGGUAGACACAGCGUACAUGUACUUCUGGCAAGAGAAGCUGAUGAGCUUGUCUCAAGGCCAUUGCCAGAACGUCAUCUACCUGUGGCUCGAUUCCAGUCCGCAGGGCGGAACGGAUUGGUUGUUGAGCAUCAUGAAGAUCCUGCGACGCAAGGAUCUUCAUCGAUGCAAAACAGCCGCCGACCAGCUGGAGUUGUCGGUCCGUAAAUUUGAGGCGGCAAGUGCGUCCAGGGACUCAAGUGCAAUGAUCGACAUCGCCCGCGAACGACACCAAGCGAGGAAGGUUUUGGACGAGUGCUUGAUGUUGCACUGCCUGAUUCCGAGUGGAAUUGGGAGCGGGGCAGCGAAAGUUGAGGACAAGCUGUCGAGCCUGUGUCGCAAGCUGUAUGCGGAGAGCCAUAGUGUGCGAGCCCUGAAGACCCUCUUGAGCAGCGUUCAUGGCUUUUGCACAGAUGCCGGUACCGAAAUGUUCAUCGGGGACGUCGCCGGCGUCCGAAUCAAUGAUGUCCUUCCGGACUGGAUGCAAGACCCUUUAGAGCCAGAGCAAGAAGGCUUUGACGUUGACGAUUUGGAUAUGAAUCAUCAGCAGGCUGCCCAGGCUCUUCCAACCGCCGCAGCCGCUAAAGAAUUCCUUUUCCCCAAUGGCAUCAUAUCUCCCGGAGCCCUGCAUGUACUGCACAGCAUGAGUGCCGAGGUUGAUAGGGGGUUUCAGUUUUAUGAUAACUGGUUGUUAAGCUUCAAGCCACUGGUGCGCUUACUGCACGCAGACCACCUUCGCGAUCGGUUUCUUGGCACCUGCGUGGUGGGUCGCUUUGCUUGGAUGAAACCUCAAGUUCGCAAACUUGCUGAGCCUGCGUUGUGGAGAUGGGGCACUGUCGCAGCUGUGCUGCAGCGUUUGAUGAAAACAAAAGCAGUGCUGCAAGCUGCGUGGUCUGCCGAGAAUUUCUCCCGGCAGGACGAAAGCGGCAUGGACUCUGAGUUAGACGUGAAUGCUGUGACGGCAGCCAUUCGAUCAGACAAGUUUUGGCUUUACAGCAGUAUGCUGCUGCAGCUCCAUGCCGUUGCUGAAGACAUAGCUUCAUGGUUUGAGGGCUGUCCCUGUCAUCCCCCGGUUUUGUUUCAUGCCCCAGAGCAUGGAGCUAGGACCCUAGAUUCCCUAGAUGCCUUUGAGGACGUGUUGCCGUCUGAACACUUUCCGCUUGCUGUUGAAGCAGCAGGCUUGCCUCGCGAACAUGUCCAGAAAUGCCCCUUAGCAGGUCAGAGAUCCACCGAACUAGCUUCUGGGGAGUUUAUGCAGCUUCUCGAAGAAUUCGGCGAUAGGCGCUUGACAGAGGUUUUGGCGUUUACAAAUGUCAGUGCAGAUUCCGAGGACUUGCAGGAAGCCUUGUCUGAUUACAGCCGUGGCCGUGCCCAGUACACAGCAUACUUGACCCAGAAGUUCCGUUGCUGGCAAGAGUUGCCUUGGAAAUUUGCCGCCUUGAAUCACGUAGACCCUAGCGAAGUGCGAUCCCAAGCUGUGACGGUGCUUGGUCUCUUGGAGAAGGCGCCAAAAGACCGAGCAUUGCACCACAGAAAGACAUGGCCUUUCCUUGAGGGCUCUGAGGCUCCAAUCCAUCAACAGUUGACAGCUUUGGCAGCAGGGACAUCCUUGCUGAGCGACCCGGGCCUCGAACUCCUGCGAGGCUUUGUGCAUGAGUUCCGGUUCAUCCCGACAGUGGAAAGAAUACAGGAGGCAGACCAUGCCAUUGUCAAGAAGUUCAUCACACACCGUGUGUGUUCUGGUCCAUAUGUUUCAACAGCAAUUAGGAUGGCUGAAAUGAUGAAGCUCUUUGAUUCCGUAGAGCAAUAUCAGAAUCUUCUUCGGCAGUGGCCCAAAAUCCUGGACCCAGAUGAUGUAAGUAAGCGGCUAGGGGUAUGGCGCCACCCUCAGUACCAACAGGCUGUCGAGGAUAAGGUAGGCAGAAAAGCCAAAAGGAUUUUAUUGUCUGUGUUGCUCUAUAGGCUGGAUCCGGAAUCCCAGUUCGCUUCAAGUUCACACGUCCGAAAGAAAAGAGAUCAGCGUGCAAGGCGGCUUGAGAAGGUGAAAGACUCUUUUUUCAAGCAACUCAACCCCGAAAUUGCCGGUUGGUCAUCAGACAAUGUCGAGCGCCGUGCUGCUGCUCAGCACAUGCAGGACCGCAUGGAGACUGGCCGCUUGUACUCCAUGCCUCAAGAGAUCAUGGCCCUGCCUUCGUUGCAGGAUAGGUUAGCAUCCGUGAAGCAAGCUGUGCUCCCUCAAGUGCCUUUGGAGUCUCUUGCCGGCGAUUCCUUGUCUAUGAAUGAUAAUGAAGUGCAGACAGCGCUAUCUGUGCAUGAGGCUCAGGCUCUGGUGGAAGGUCGUGCUGCCACUGUGCAAGAAGCCCGGGAACUUGUUCCUGCAAGAGCUGCUGCUAGUGAAGUGCCUGUCAUGUUCUUCAGGGUAAAUUGCAAUGCGCCCGCCAGGCACAAGACUUUGCCUUUGCCGGCUGCAAGCGGCAUGAAGCUUGCUCCAACAGACAUGACAGUGACGGUGCAUGACUCUAGGCAGUGUGAGGAUGCAUGUUGGGUGGAAGUCGAUGCCAAGAAGGCGCAGGGCAUUGCGUCCUCAGUCUCCAUCCUCUCCCUCUGCAACGCAGACGCGAAGCAGCUGCCCUCGCUGUUGCAACAGUGGUCGACCUGCCAGAGCCUUUCUUAUGGACUGAAGAGAUUCCCUCAAAGUAAAGAGUUGUCAACGUUGCUAGGUCGGCUUUUGACACACCGUUCCUUUGCAGAUGCACCGCCUUCACAGCAUCUUGUGGUCUCGAGGACUGAGGCUUCCUUCAGCCUUUGCCAGAGACUACAAGAUGCUGGCUUCAUUACUUGUGCUGCCCAGACAAGCCACGAUGCAACAUGGAAGUUCACGUUGCGAGGCCUUCAGGAUUUGAUUCUGAUGCAUGAAGUCGGCCGGCCGACUCUCGUUUUCGAUCCGUUAGAGGCAUUGCUGGAUAGGGCCGCGAGAGGCUUGGAAACUGUGCAGCAGUUCUCAACUUGGGAACUUCUUCAGGUGCUGCAGCAUCGAGGUUUUCAACUGCGACCAUUGCCAUCCAAACGAAAGGAUCGCAGGGCUCUUCCGCCGCACACUCAUGAUGAUGCAUCUCCCAUCAUGUACUGUGGAAGUAAGACGUCCGUUACCCUGGAGACCGCCGGCACGCGAACCUACAUGCAAGCGUUGGUGAUGGCGCCCGACCUUUUCUCGGGCAUUGUGAGACUUGUUUGA